UCGAAAAGACUGACUGUUUGAUAGUGUCAAUGUCAUUAUAAUACUACUUACUAGACAUUCCUAGACAUCAAUAGUACACUGCUUUUGUAAUAACAUAGUGUAACAUUUGAAAGUGAAGACGUGAAGCAAUUUUGAAUUUAUAUAUUAUAUCAAUAUAUGCAAUAUGGGGGUUGAAGUUGAACUCGAUGACAACUCUUGCUCUCACUCUGAGACUUUGUUCAUGAAUGUUUUUACUGAUAAAAUAGCAACAUGUACAGUAUUGGAAGAUUGCAUUGAUAAGCUCCAUAUUCUCGGCUCAAUAUUCUCAAGCGUUGGAGGACAAGGAUGCCGAGUAAAGGCAGAUAAGACAUUUGCAAAGGAAGUUGAAUCCAUUUUUGAGGAUCAAAGAGGAUUAGAGAAAGAGUUCGAAAAAAGUGCUUGCAGUAGAAAGCAAUUUACAAAUGGCAAUGGUGGUGAGACAGCGAAGACUCUAGGAAGAAGUAAUAUGGUUUUUAAAAGAGGUGUUCUACAAGGUCAACCGGCACAAGAUAAUAUGGUGAAAAUUCAAAAAGACAGGGGCUUUAUAGCAGAGGUCCUGGAGGGAACACGCAAAGAACUAGCUGAACACGAAAGCUUUAAUUUCCUGCAACAGUCCAUUAAAACCGAGAUGCAGAGGAAGUCAGGAUUUAACAAGACCGUUGCCAAGGAGGAAGAGACUAGGACAAAAACCAGAAGUUUGCAGAGGAUGAUAAUCGAAACAAAGAACAGCAAAGAGACAGACAUUCAGGACAGAAAUGAGCUGAUUGCUCACCUGAAGGACCAGAUACAGGAUACAAAGGCAAGAACUAACAUGGAGAUGAAGUUUGUAAAGGGCAUGACACAGAACAGUGUGACACAGACACAGCAGCUGUGUAGCAAGGGAGAGACCGAACUGCAUCAGGAAAUACAGAGGCUGCGACAGGAACUGGACGAGGAAUGCAGAGUUAAUAUGGAGACAGAAGGAUAUCUCAGAACACAUUUACAGGAUUUGGGACUAAAGGUCGACCACUGGAUGGACAAGUACGACAAGGACAUAGAGGAUAAAGAACAAGAUCUGGAACGUUUGAAGCAGAACCAGGAGAAUGGUUUGCACAAGUACCAGCAGUUAUCAAAGAAGUUUGCAGAGUACCAAGAGGUGAUCACGCAAUAUGAGCUGGAGAAAGAGUUAGAGAGAAAGAAGGCAGCGAGAGAAGCAGAGCGGCUAAGAUGCGCAAUUAAGAUACAAGCAUGGUGGAGAGGGCUGAUGGUGCGCAAACAGUUGGGCCCAUUCAGCAAGAAAAAGGGCAAGAAAGGAGGAAAGAAAGGGGGUAAAAAGGGGGGUGGAAAGAAGAAAAAGAAGUAGUUUUGUCAACUG